GCCUUUGCCGAUUUAAACAUGGACAGGAGACAAGUUUAUGCAUUUCUGACAUCCAGCGAAAUACGAAAACGAAGACCUGUCAGAAUGGGAUGCUGGUGAAGAACCUGAUUCAUUUUUGGAGUAUGGCCAUAUUCAAACCAAGAUCUGAAGGUGACGGUGCUGAUUAAUGUGAAUGGAAACUGCUGGAGUCAUUGCCACUAAAGAUUCUCUAGGAGACUGAACGCUUUCGGUGGGUGUCUGUCCUGCGUGUGCGUGCAUACCGGUUGUUUUUUUCUGAGCCGUUGGACUGACGCACGGAUACUGCAGCAGAACUGCAGGGGCCUGGACGCUAACCUGGAGGACAUGAAGACCCAGUGGAUCCCCCACCCCUGAGCACCAGAACCCACUGCUGCUGCACAUUCUGCUGAGCUGAGCAGAGCUCCCAGAGGCCGAUAGGAUGCUGACAGCUCGCGAUGGAGCUCGAGAUGAAGCUCAGAAGCUGCACAGGAAAUGGAUGAAGCACCAGGCCUUCAUGGCUGAACUGGCCCGCAACAAAGAAUGGCUUGCCAAGAUUGAACAGGAGGGCGAGGAACUGAUCCAGGAACAGCCUGAGUUGCGAUCGGUGGUGGAGGUAAAGUUGAAGGAAAUCAGAGAGUGCUGGUCUCACCUGGAGAACACCACCAAAGUCAAGGCUCGCCAGCUCUUUGAAACCCAGAACCACCGCACUAUCGACCUGCCCACCAACAACCUCAGCGACCUGGACCAGCAUCUCAACGUCAUACAGGAGCAGCCACCCACACUAAGCUCCGCCCACACCACUCAACCCACCCUCCUUCAGCCCCGCCCCACUUUCAGCCAGCAACUCCAGAGGAUACAAUCGUUGGAAGCCCAAAUGCAGCUUUAUCAUGGUGUUGGCGAAGUCAGGGGCAAUGCUGAUCCCCGGAGACCAGAAGUAGAAGAGCAAGGAGGUGUGGUGGAGACCCGAAUUGUGCGUCUUAUUGAGCCUCUGAAGGAAAGGAGGCGGAUCCUUCUUGCCUCAAAAGAAAUGCACCAAGUUACCCAGGACCUGGAGGAAGAGAUUGUAUGGAUUCAGGAGCGGUUACAUUUGGCCUCAUCUACAGAAUAUGGCACCAAUCUGCAGAGUGUCCAGCAUUUAUUCAAAAACCAUGAGGCGCUGCAGAUGGAGAUGCAGGCACGGAGAGGGCGAGUCGAGGAGGUGCUGGACAGGGCAGAGGCCGUUGCUGCCCUGAGGACCCCAGAGGUGGAGCUUGUGCGGGAGGGGGCGGGGCAUGUGAAGCAGCUUUGGGAGGUGCUUCAGGUAGAGAUGGAGCGUCGCACAGUGAUGCUGGAUGCUGUGAGUCACGCCCAGCAGUACUAUACCCAGGCAGCGAAGGCUGAGUCUUGGCUCAGUGGACAGAAGCUUCAGGUCCUCAAUGAGGAAAACGGAAACGAUGAGACCAGCACUCUUAGGUUACUGAAAGAGCAGUUGGCUUUAGAGCAAACGGUAGAGAAUUAUGCAGAGACAGUGGGCUCACUGUCCCAGCAGUGCCGUCGAAUGCUUGAGUUGGGACAUCCAGACAGUGAGCAAAUCACCAAACAGCAGGCUCACAUAGACCGACUGUAUGUGUCUCUGAAAGACCUGGUGGAACAGAGGAAAACAAAGCUGGAACAGCAGUACUGGUUGUAUCAGUUGAAACGAGAGGUGGAGGCACUGGAGAAAUGGAUCUCUGAGAGGGAGGCCGUUGCCAGCUCCACUGAGUUAGGCCAGGACCUGGAGCAUGUUACGGUUCUGCAGUGCAACUUUACUCGGUUCUCUUCUGAGACGCGUGCAGUGGGUCAGAAACAGAUGGAUUCUGUCAAUAAGAUGGUCAAUGAGAUGAUUGACUGCAGUCACUCUGACGCUGCCACCAUCGCCGAGUGGAAGGAUGGACUGAACGAGUCCUGGGCGGAUCUUCUGGAGCUCAUGGAGACCAGGGCGCAGAUGCUCGCAGCUUCGUACCAGUUGCACAAGUUCUUCACUGACUGUCAGGAGGUGCUGGUCCAGAUUGAGGGAAAGAUGAGACAGCUGCCAGAGGUGAGGUCCUGUCAGGUGAGCUCGGCCAACCCUGGCACACUGCAGAGACUUCUGCACUCUUUCGAGCAUUCCCUGCAGCUGCUGGUCUCGCAGGUGCGCCAACUACAAGAAAAUGCAGCUCAGCUGCGUGCAAUUUACGCCGGGGAAAAGGCAGAUGCCAUUUUUUCCCGUGAGCAGGAAGUGAUGCAGGCCUGGAAAGAGCUCCUCGUUGCAUGUGAGGGCAGCCGUGUGCAGGUUACCACAGUAACCGAUAAGAUCCAGUUCUUUGCUGUGGUGCGAGAACUGAGCAUGUGGAUGGAUGGAAUCAUGGGACAGAUUGGCUCGACUGACGAUGCAAGGCGUGGGUUUCGGUGUUGGGUGGGUCCUUGUGUACGUGUCAGGGACCUCUCUGUGCUGGAGGGCAUGAUGUCCCAACAUCAGAUUUUGAAGAGUAAGAUAGAUAACAAGAGCAAGAACUUUGUGCAUUGCGUGGAGAUGGGAAAGAUGCUGCUCGCUGCACGCAACCCUGCAGCUGAAGAGGUAAAGGAAAAGCUGGAAUAUGUCAUGGCAAAGCAGAAAGACCUGAAUGAGCGAUGGGAACAGCACUGGGAGAAGCUUCAGCAAGCCCAGCAGAGGCUGCAGUCUACCCAGCCAGGAUCAGCAGAGCAGUCCUGGCUCACAAUCAAAGAACCAGUCACUCCAAACACUCGUGAUACAGGGGGCGGGACAGACGAGGUAGAGGAGCUGAUUCGCCGGCAUGAAGCGUUCAGGAAGGCUGCAGCCACAUGGAAGGACCAUUUCAGCUCAUUACGACAGGCAGAGAAGAUGAAGGAGGAAGCGAGCAGGCCACCUUCUACCUCCUCUCUCCUCAGCAGGCAGAUGUUCCCUCUCUCCUGCCUUGUGCCCAGCUCCUCUUCCUCGUCCUCGUCCUCCUCUCUUUUCCGUAACCCUCUUCAGGACUCUCUUCCGGAGUCUAAGCCUGGGCCGGACCUCAUGCACCCCACAGAACAGGUGGUGGCACACACACUCCCUCAGCGGCUCCUGUCCAACCUGAACAACUACACGCCCAUUAUGAAUGGCUCCUCCUACCACGGGCUAAACCAGCCAUCAGGGUUUGUGGUGGAGGGAUCUUUCUACCAUGGGCUAAAACAACAGGGUGUUUCAGGGUUGGAUAAUUCCAGCUAUCAGGGGUUAAACCAACAAGUUGGUGUCUUGGGGGUGAACAGCUCCAGCUACACUGGACUAAACCAACAGGGUGGUUUAGGAGAGGAUGGCUCCAGCUACCAUAGCCUGAACCAUUUAGGUGCUGUGGGGGUGGUAGAGCCCAAAAUAGGAUAUCCUUGGCAACACCUGAAAGCUGACUGCUUUCAGCCUAAAAUCAACCACAUUCACAAAGCUGUUCCACCUUUACUGGAGGCUCACCGAGCUCAGCUCGCCAGUGGAGGGGCAGGCGUCCCAGCUCCUACCAUGGGCCUGGACCCCUCCCUGGAGAUGAUCCACAGCCGUUUACAAAGAGACCCCCGGGGAAGCCGCUCUGACCCGCAGAUGGAUCACCUGCGGCGGGAGAGAGAGUACCGGCUUGGCCGACAGACCUCCAGCGAGCAGGAGAUACAGGCGCGACUUAACGAGCUCCCGAUGAUUGUUAGGCAGGAGCGUUACCGUCGAAGACUGGAGAGACAGUCGUCCAGUGAGCAGGAGGCCAGUGGUAGGCAGAGAGUACAGAAACAUGACUCUAGCGAUGCAGAAUCUGGGAAAGAGCCGUCCGACAAGAAACCAUCUGGGGAGAAGCGUUCCACUAUGGCUGAGAUUGUUGAGCAAGUGCAGGAGAGAGAAGCUUGCCAUUCGAAGGGAGAGGCGUACAGACCAUCCAGUAGCCUCUCUGCACCAGGGAGCCGCCUGGAUCGCCCUCGAGCUCGUGACCGCCCCAAACCACGGCGAAGACCUCGUCCAAAAGAACCCGAAGAGCCACGGAGGUCCCGUUCUGCGCCCGCUCAGGGUGGCCCAUCCACACAUCAGCCUCCUACCCACACAGUCCAACAUGAGGGCUUUUUGUACAGGAAACACGAAGAGGAAGGGAAAGAGAGAAGCCCAAACAGCAAGUCGUGGGUUAAUAUGUUCUGCGUGCUCAAACAAGGGGAGAUUGGUUUCUACAAGGACGCACGACACAAGACCACACCCUUCAACGAUGAGCCACUUCUCAACCUGGCCAUCUGCGAAUUUGACACUACCAACGGAUACAAAAAGAAGAAGAAUGUCUUCAUUCUCAGGACCACUGCUGAAGGGGACUACAUCUUCCUGGCUAAGGAUGAGGAGGAUCUGAAAGGUUGGGUCAACAGUAUCAACGCAAGCCUGAAAGAGAUCGCGGACAUUGCCAAGUGGGAGAAAGCCACAAACUCCUCAACUGACCCUGACAAAUCAGAGCGCAAGGAGCGUUCUGAAGGGGCGGAGCCAUUGGAGGGGGCGGAGAGAUCAGAGAGGUCAGAGAAGUCUGAGCGUUCAGACCGAUCAGAUAAAAUAGAGGCAUCGGACAAAAGCUCAGAAAAGAGGGACGCAUCUGAGAAAGAGAGAGGAGAUAGAGGUGAAAGGGAGGAAAGAGAGAGGGGCGAAGGAGGAGACCGGGGUUCCCGGGGUUCCAGGGGUUCCAGCACUUCGGGAAAAAGCAAAUGACUCAUCUCUCGACACGUUUAUUUACUCAUCCAUCCCUCCAUCUUUCCAGAGAGAAGACAGGACUUGCAUUUCUCUGUCUCUGUCGCUCUGUUUGUCCUGACAGCCUGAUUCCAGGACAGAUGUAAUUGAUUAUGUCCCUCGAAUGUGUCGAUGUGUGUCUGUGUGCGUGUGCCAAUGUGUUGAAGAGAACGUCUGUGAAAGAAUCAGUAUAUGAACGUAUCCCAGCAUCAGAGGGCCCGUUCAGCCGCCCUGCUCGACUCUCACAGAAAAGGCACUUUAGAUUAUUGAGGAUGACUAUUAUAGCCCUUAAUAUUUUAGAAGCGUUUUCUUGAAGCAAUAUAUUGUAUGUAGUAACCGAUGCCGCUUGUUUUAGCUGCUCUGCUCUGCUCUUCCGAGUGAGUGUGAGAGAGAGAAAAAGUGACAGAGAGGACUUUCCGAGAGAGAAAUCUGGUGCGGUAUUAGGAUCGACAUCCUUACACAGCCCCACACAUGCAUACGCGCACGCACUGUGCAUUAUGGGAAAAUGUUCGGUAUGGAACACCAUUCUCUCUCCUGAGGCCGCACACGUCUUCCACCUGCUGCUCGUAGUAAUGGUUUUAAUCAUGUGAGACGCUUCACAGUGCUGAGGUGAGCUUGAUUCAGUCCAAACUACACUCGACGAAGUCUCAGUCACAAUACGUGAAUAUAAUGUGGCAGUGUGUGUGUGUGUGAAUACAGCUCCAUCCAGAAGGAGCUCAAAUGUACUAUGUAUAAUCUCAUUGAUCGUAUUUAUUAGGUUAUCGUGAUACGAAUUUAAAGUGCAAAGUUAUUCUUCCCUGAACUAAGAGGAAGUACGAUCAAACACCCCCCGUACGUGUACAAAUAUGCUGCUUUUUAUCAUCUCUGCCCCCCUACAUCACUCUUUGAUUGUAAAAUUAGUACACAUAAAAUAGGGUGUCUGUGAUUUUUGUCAUGCUAUAAUGAAAAAGAUUGUAUAUAUAUAUAUUUGUAUAUAUACUAGUAAACGAGAUUUACUUCUAUGAACUGCAGCGUCUAAUUAAAAAAAAAAAAAUCAUUUUUAUCAACUUAUGAAAAUCUAACAAGUUAAAAGUUGUUUUAAAGUGCCCCUGGCUGAAUUUAGACGGUAAACAUGCGCGUUAGCCGAGAUCUCUUGCAUAUGGAAACGCAACUUUUACUGUUUACGGUUUGUUUGUUUUUUUUUGGCCAGGGCAAAAGAUCAGGAUUCUUGUAAAAAGAAAUCACCAUUAAAAUACUCAUCCGAAACUGUUUUGUGUUUAAUUUAGAUGUUAAGAGAACUGUCUCUUGACAGCAGUUGCAAUUAAUAUCGACAAAGACAAUGAUAUUCCCCCUAAAAUAGUUCAAAUAUGUAUGUGAAAAUUAUAUUUACACAGAUAUGAUACAAACAAAAAAUAUCAAAGUAAACAAAUCAUUUUGGUGAGGUCAAGCUUUUCCUCUCUGGCUCUGUUUUCACCAAAGAGUUUAAACUCUAACUGACCUUACUGUCUAUGCAACAAACUAGUUCUUUUAGUGAAUCUAAAUCUGUGAACAAUCACAUUCGUAAUCCAACACGGUCAACAAACCUCUGCUUGGAAGGUCAACAACAUUAGGACUCAUCUGAUGGAUUUUUGUGACGUUUUUGUUCUCACUGUGGGUGCCUUAUGAAUGCAUGUAAUAAGCAGAUGCAGGCACUUCCUCCAGUAUUAUGUUCCAGAUAAAACAUGCAUUAUUAUGUGUUGAUCACAGAAAGCAUUGCUUACAGACACUUGCCCCUUGUUCAGAUCUAGUUAAACAUGCAACAUUGUUGUCACAUGACACAAAACAGCCCCUUAUGGCAGCAGAAAACAGUCACGCACCCUCCAGACUGGCUUAGACUUAGUGUGAUGGAGUCAAAUCUGGUUCUGAUUGGAUUCUUCUUUGAUUAUAAAUGUCACAGAAACUACAUAAAUUGGGACUAAACAUGUUUUGCACUAUGUAUCUGUGACUGAUAAAUGGGAUUGAAUGAAUGUCUGUAUGUCUCUGUCUUGUCUUUGCUGAAGCAAACUCUCCUGACAACCAGUCAACCAACUCCCCGUCCCAAAGCAUAGCCAAAAACUAUUUAAAAUCAUCUGACUUCACUUUCGGACUCUUCUACAUAUCCAACAUUUGUUUCAGAGUGACCUUGACUAUGGUCUACCUGCAAAAAGCACAAUUUCUCCCCCAACAACAAUCUGGAGUAUUAAAAGACGCUGGAUUCUGUCCUACACCAUGACCCCUUCCUUUCCUAAAGUUGCCACAUGAGGUCAGUGUUGCAAAGUCAUUGCUGUGCUAAAAUAUCUUAUUUGAACUCUUCAGGGUUUUUUUUUAACCCAGAAAUGUUGACAGACAGGGUCACUACACUGCAUAUUUAUCUGUGAUUUUUUUAGACCAUGUAGUCAGUUUUUGGUUUGCCAAGCCUUUCUUUGUUUCUUUGGCAGUGCCACUCACUUCUCUCCCCAGCUUGACCUCACCAGCAAGUCUAUAUUUUAAAUCAUUUCUGAACAAAUGAAAAAAAGAAAAGAAAAUCAAGCCCUAAAAUAGACAGAUUGUGGUUUGCCCUUCUUUAUUCAAAGUCAGUUGUUUCACACAUUAAAUUAAAGAAAAACUAUUAAGUUGCAUGAAAGAGAAUAUAGAGGUGAUUUCUAUGCAACAGCUGUGCAUGUUUAUCAAAAGGGUUUCAAUCUUCAGCAAAGCACUGGGUUUGGAUGAUGAUGAUGGAGAUGGAGAAAUGAGUGGAAUGAGCAGAUCACUUGUAUAGCUGAAAUGAGACAUUAAAUCAUUUAUGUACUGAUAUCUGCACUACUUCAUAAAUACAGGUUGUAUA